CCAGGUCGGGUGCUUAGUCACCGUGAGGCAGCGUUUGCCCGGGGCUGGCGCCCCUUCCUUCCCAGGGGACCGCCCCGGGGCCGCCCCGCUCCGCGCACUUCCGCGUGCAUGGCCCUGCUGACCCGGGCCCCGAGCGCGAGCGCGUGGCCCAGCUGGCGGCGGGCGGCGCGCGCCUUCCUCGGCUUCCCGUUGCCCCAGCCUCUGCCCGCCCGCGUCCUCGCCAUGGCGUUAAGGCAGGAGUUGCAGCCGCAGGGCCUGUCGCCCGCCGACGGCGCCGUGGCGUCUUACGACUACCUGGUGAUCGGGGGCGGCUCCGGCGGGCUAGCCAGCGCGCGCCGGGCUGCGGAGUUGGGCGCCAGGGUCGCGGUGGUGGAGAGCCACAAGCUUGGCGGCACUUGCGUGAAUGUCGGAUGUGUACCCAAAAAGGUAAUGUGGAACACAGCUGUGCACUCCGAAUUCAUUCAUGAUCAUGUUGAUUAUGGCUUUCAAAGUUGUGAUAGUAAAUUCCAUUGGCGUGUUAUAAAGGAAAAACGGGAUGCCUAUGUGAGCCGCCUGAACACCAUCUAUCAGGAUAAUCUCACCAAGUCCCAUAUAGAAAUCAUCCAUGGCCAUGCAGCAUUCACAGGUGAUCCCAAGCCCACAGUAGAGGUCAGUGGGAAAAAAUACACUGCUCCUCACAUCUUGAUUGCAACAGGUGGCGUGCCCUCACGUCCUCAGGAGAGCCAGAUUCCGGGUGCCAGCCUAGGAAUAACCAGUGAUGGAUUUUUUCAACUGGAAGAAUUGCCUAGCCACAGUGUCAUCGUCGGCGCAGGUUACAUUGCAGUGGAGAUAGCGGGUAUCCUUUCGGCUCUGGGCUCGAAGACAUCACUCAUGAUACGGCAUGAUAAGGUACUUAGAAAUUUUGAUUCAAUAAUCAGUUCCAACUGCACUGAGGAGCUGGAGAAUGCUGGCAUCGAGGUCCUGAAGUACUCACAGGUCAAGGAAGUUAAAAAGACUUCCUCGGGCUUGGAACUCUGCAUGGUUACUUCAGUUCCUGGUAGGAAGCCCACCUUAACCACAAUUCCAGAUGUUGACUGCCUUCUCUGGGCCAUUGGGAGGGACCCAAAUUCCAGGACCCUGAAUUUAAACAAACUGGGGAUUCAAACUGACAACAAAGGUCAUAUCAUCGUGGAUGAAUUCCAGAAUACUAACGUGAAAGGCAUCUACGCAGUUGGGGAUGUGUGUGGAAAAGCUCUUCUUACUCCAGUUGCCAUAGCUGCUGGCCGAAAACUUGCCCAUAGACUUUUUGAAUGCAAAGAAGAUUCCAAAUUAGACUAUGACAACAUCCCUACGGUGGUCUUCAGUCACCCCCCUAUUGGGACAGUGGGACUCACCGAAGAUGAGGCCAUUUCUAAAUAUGGAAAAGAAAAUGUGAAGACCUAUUCAACGACCUUUACCCCAAUGUAUCAUGCAGUUACCAAAAGGAAAACGAAAUGUGUGAUGAAAAUGGUCUGUGCUAACAAAGACGAGAAGGUGGUUGGGAUCCACAUGCAAGGGAUUGGGUGUGAUGAAAUGCUGCAGGGUUUUGCUGUUGCAGUAAAAAUGGGAGCCACAAAAGCUGACUUUGACAACACGGUUGCCAUUCACCCUACCUCUUCGGAAGAACUGGUCACACUUCGUUGAGAACUCAGAGACUGUUAUGGCUGGCAGCUGGACCAGUAGCCCUUCUGAAAUGAACCAAAUAAUCACAUU